GUACGAGUCAUCACGGAUAUAUUAAAACUGGGCCUUGUGCACUACCGAGAAGACUUCAGGUUAUUUGUCCUCUCUCUCGUGUUGGGGAGGUCACUCAACCCACUCACUUCCGGUAUGUAUCCAUCCACAUGUUUAGUCCCCGCACAUCCACGCCUGUAGAUCGGACCCGUUCACAGAAUGGCGGUACAACUCGAGAUUUUGGUGUGGGCACUGCUCAGUUUUUAUGGGUACACCAUUAUGGCAGACAAUGAGAGCCUGUGUGUCCCCAGCGCUGCUGCCGCGACUGCAGAGGGUCGUAGCUGCAGCAGGAAGAGAUGUACUGUGGACUCAGACUGCAGAGGGCGCAACAAGAGGUGUCUGUGUGAUGGUCCUUGUGGCAUGAGCUGUGUUAACCCCAAUGGUACCUGCAGAGAGCCUGAGAUUCCCACCAAUGGUGCAGUCCUGUUUGAUCGGUUGUCCUUUCAUGGUCUGGCUGUGUACUCCUGUGAUGAUGGAUACGUGCUGUCCGGACAGGCACAGCGACAGUGCACCGGGGACCGGGAAUGGACCUGGCACACUCCAGAGUGCACAAGAAACGUUACUACGUGUGGAGAGCCACCUGAUGUCGACCACGCCAUGUAUGAUGGAGAGAGACACCGCACUGCGUUCAAUGUUGGAGAGAGGCUGUUAUAUCGCUGCAAUAGCGGUUUCUUCAGAAUUGGUCAACCCUAUAUACGAUGUGGGGAGAAUGCUCAAUGGUCCUCAGUUCAGCUAACAUGCAAAGCACGUAGCUGUGGAAAUCCUGGAGAAAUCACCAAUGGCAGGAGGGAUGGGCUUCUUUUCACCUACCCCAACCGUGUCCAGUACCGCUGCAAUUCUGGCUACACUCUUGUGGGGAGACCUAUCCGUGUCUGUCUGUCCACCCAGCAAUGGAGCGGCUCCCUGCCACGCUGUCAACCUGUCAGCUGCCCUGUUCUUGAGCAUCCUGAGAACGGACACCGAUUUGGCACAGAUGUUACCUACAACAAGGUUGUGAAGUUCACCUGCAGUACAGGGUACAUUGUAAGGGGCUCUGCGGAGCGAACUUGUGGUGCUGAUGGGACAUGGUCCGGGGAGGAGGCAAGUUGUGCAGUUAUCAACUGUGGUGAGCCUGAUCCAGUGUGGAAUGGAUUCUGGGAAGGCAGUGACUAUGGUCACCGUGCUGAAAUCAGCUUCUCUUGUCGUCGAGGGUUUCUCCAUGUUGGAGCCACGUCCGCUGUUUGUCAAGAUGAUGAAACCUGGUCCUCCCCGUCUCCACAUUGCUUUGGAAAAUGUGAGAUAAAGCAACCACCAUCCAAUGGCUACUUCUCCAGCCGGGUGUACUAUGGACAGCAGCUGGUCCAUGGAGAUACUGUGGAGGUAGCAUGUAACACAGGCUAUCGACUGGAGGGAGCAAGGCUGGUUCCAUGUGACAACGGAACCUUCGCAUUACCAUCAUGCAACCCCCGCCCGUGUGACGACAUACCUGACAUUGUUCAUGGUGAAGUAGAUGUGACAGGCCUGGCCCAUGGCAGCCUGGCCACUUUCCGCUGUGUUCGCGGCUUCCGACUGGAUGGUGCCCCACAGACAAGGUGUUAUCUUGGAACCUGGAAAACACUGCCUUCCUGCAAACCUAUCUUGUGCCCUCCACUUGAUGAGAUAGUGAACGACGCCCAGAUCCGUCUGCUGAGAGAUAGUUCGUAUGAAAGCUUCUUCCAAAAGGAUGACCUAACCCAAGGAGCAGAGGUCCUCAUAUCAUGUGCACCCGGCACCACGCUUCAGGGGCCACGGAAGGCUGAGUGUGACAACGGCCAAUGGGUGUACAGAGAAGGGCAGGGACAGCCCGUCUGCUCCCCAGAUCCGUGCCCAGGAAAUGGCGUCAACACUCAGAAUGACCACCCUGAUGAUGUUGGACAUGGUGAGAGAGUGACAUUCCAAUGUGCUGAAGGUUUUGAGGUGGCGCCUGGACAAACACAGACAACCCUGACCUGUGAGAGAGGACGAUGGAUGCCACAGAGUCCUACGUGCACUGAAGCCUGGUGUCCAUUACCAAAGAAGACAGACCAUGGGGCAUUCAGACCAGAAGUCCAGUUUGUGGCCAGUGGUGGAGAUAUUGAACUUGUCUGUGAUGACAACUAUAAACCGUCACAGCAAUCAGGAAAGAUACGCUGUCAUCAAGGAACGUGGUCAACACACCUCCCAAGUUGUCUGUAUCAUCCAGAACCAUGUAUAUUGCCUGGUCUACAACAUGGCACGUACAUUGGGAACAUCCAGGCAGGAAACCAACUCGGUCACCAGGAAACAGUCAACUACAGAUGCAGCCAAGGUCCUGGCCAAGUCAUGACAUCCCGGUGCUUUGAAGGAAACUGGAGAAGCCAUCCUCCUCACUGCACUCAAGACUGCAAAGCUGGAUACACCUUCUUCCAUGAUGGUUGUUAUAAGAUAUCCUCUGAUGUCAAAACACACCGUGAGUCCAGAGACAGCUGCCGAAGGGACGGUGCUGAACUGGUGGCAGUCAGAAAUCGGGCCGUGCAUGACUUCCUCGUCGGACGCCUUCAUGCCGCACAGUACUGGAUAGGGCUGCGGGACUCUGCUCAGGAGGGCAGCUGGCUCUACUCUGAUGGCUCACCGCUGGGCAGCUUUAACAUGUGGGGCAGUGGACAGCCUGAUGGGAACUGGUUUGGAGAUGAGGACUGUGUUGCCAUGCACAAAACUGAUGCAUACAAAUGGCAUGACUUUUACUGCCACUACAAGCGUCGCUACAUUUGUCAAUAUCAUGUUACAAUACUCAGGGAUGACCUGGACCUUAACGGGUUUGAGAAGUUUUCGGAUGCAGCAUUACUUGGACACAACAACGUUAUACAUCAGGAUACAAAGGUGGAGGAGUGUGCCAACCAGUGUCGACGUGAGGUCAAGUUCAACUGUCUGUCAUUUGACUACAAUGAGGCGGACAGAGUGUGUCAGCUGAGCUCUGAGAACAGAUGGACGGUUGGUGGCGACUUUGAGAGGAAUGCUGUAGGUUGGGACCACUAUGAGAGAAGUGUGCCAUGUGAACCUCCCAUCAUCAACAGUGAAGUGGUUUCCUUCUUCAGAGGAAAAGAAAUCCAAAUGAACACAGCUCCUCAGUUUGUGCAAAAUGACAUGAUCGUGUCCAGGUGCUUCGACAUUGGCAAGUACACAUUGCGAGGUUCCGUGGUUCGCACGUGCUUAAAUGGGAGGUGGAACGACACAGACCAUCCAUCCUGUGAUGAAUCCCCUGUAAGGAUAGGAUUCAGGACAAGCCGAGGGCAGUUCUUCGUUAGGAACCAGACAGAGCAUGGACACUUUGUCGUAUACCCUGCUGGAGUCUUCUACCUGGACUGUGACCCAUUACCUGCCAACUAUGGUUACCAGGUGUUCCAGAAGGAUGGCCAGGAUGUGUACCCACAUAUAGUAAGACGGAUAGGUGAAGAAUACCGAGAUGACUCUGGCCGCAUCAAACUUGUGUGGUCGCGCAGAGGAAGGCAGUACUACAGACGACUGAUCUUUAACCCUCCUCAGCUACAGGAUACUGGGAUCUACACAUGUUACAGUGAUAAAUAUCCACAGGUCUCACACAGUGUCAGAAUUAACAUUCAAGAGGUGACGUGCCAAGAUCCGGGUAUCCCAGCAUACAGCAGGAGGAGUGGAAGUUCAUACUAUGUCAACAAAUUCAUCAUGAAUGAGCACGUGACCUACUCAUGCCAGGAGGGCUUCCGACUGCAGGGUGUUCCUAACCUCUGGUGCAGGUGGGACGGCACAUGGUCGGACAACCCACCCACUUGUGCAGCGAUGGUGAGCUGUCCUGUGCCCUCUGUGCCUGACAAUGGUGAGAUGAGGGGACAGACCUUCUUUGCCAACAGCACCGUGUCUUUCAGCUGUGAGCCAGGCUUUAUCUUGAAUGGCCCCAAACAGAUCACAUGCCUCACCAGUGGACAUUGGUCAGACAGUUUCCCGACAUGUGAUGUCCUCAACUACGAGUGUCCUGCGCCAGAACAUUCUGAGAAUGUGGUGAAUACUCGCCCAAAAGCAACCUACAAUGUCGGGGAUACCAUCACAUUUCAGUGCAAGCCCAACUUUGUUCUUACUGGAGAGGAGAUUCUGCGGUGCAUGGCUGAUUUGACAUGGUCUGCAGACGUUCCUGAAUGCCACGCUGAGAUUGAUGAAUCCUCGUCAAGACCACGCCCACGGACGUUAUGUGGAGAUCGUGUGUGCAAUGAGUGGGAGAAGUGUGUCAAUACAACAUCCUCACAUCGGAGAUGCAUCUGCAUUCGUCCCCAAGACUGCCCCAGAGGUGGGAUGAGGGUGUGCAGCAAGGAUGGUACAGUGUUUGAGAAUCAGUGCAGGCUGAUGGCUGCGGACUGUCUGCCUAACUACAGCUUCGAGUUCUCCCACAUCACAGAAGAUGGUGAAUGUACAGGUGAAGUUGAUGAAACACAGGGAGCAAGUGGGGAUGCAUCCUUCAGCGCAGGUGGAGGGGCACAUCUAGGUGGACGGGCAGGUGCAGCAUUUGAUCCUGUGCAGCCAACACCUGCUGAUGAAGAAUUGACGACUUUAUCUGGAAGUGAAGAAAUCUUCUCUGACUUAAGGAUACCAGAUACGAAUGGGCAGAGAUAGAAGUUAUGUUCCUUAAGUCUCCACACAUAAUAUUGAAGACGUGUUAUUUUGGUUUGGUUUGGCGAUAACUGAAUGAGUACAAAGUACAUAUAGUCUCAAUUCAAAGAUUGUGUUUUAAGAGGCAGACAAAUUGUUAAUAUCUGAAGUAAUACAUAUUUGCAUACAUGCCAUAAUUUGUGUCAAGGGCUCUAUGACAAACAUCAGUAGAAGUAUUUUGCAACAAAAAUAUAUAAAUAUGUAUGUACAGUAUCGUCUUUGAUGUAACAAAUAGACAGUAUAGUAAAAUUCCAUUUCCAAUGAUAUAGUGGCCUGUUGAAUUGUUUGUAUUUCAAUGAUUUGUUCUGUUCUGAAAUACAGCAAAGUUAUAUAGCUGGACCGCAUCGCUUUGGGAUUUGGGGAUUCCGUGCAUUUAACAAAAGUGUGCGGUAAUCAGUUGAAUGUGCAAUCAACUGUAUUUCAAUGGCAAGAUGAAAUAUUGAAUAUUGACCAGGUAUCAAUAAUUGUUGGCCAACAAUUUAUAAUACGCUUAUCAUAUAUAGAGUGACAUCUAUUUCUUAAUUAGCAUCAUAUCAUAUAUUUUUUCUUAUUUACUUAAAGUUCACCGCAAAACAAGGCUGUUGGAGCCACUUAGACGUUUUGGGUUACAAUACUGUAUUGUGAAGAAAGAUGUGUGUUAACCCUUGACUUAAACAGUUGUAGAUUGUAUCCCAUGGGAAAGCAGGUCCGUGGAAGCUCAUUCCAUAGCGAAGUUGUUCUUGGAAAAAAGCUCUGAGCGUGGAACUUCCUCCUAGAGUAUGGUAAUACAACUUGAUAACAGAUGUACGGCUUGUAAACAAACUUUAGAUGACACUUGUGUUCAAAUUCAAAUACUUUUCCCAUGCAA